GGGUUCCGCGGUAGCGGUGGCGGCAGGGGGGCGCCGCUUCUGGGGAGUGGCUCUUCUCUCCCCUCCCUCCUCCGGCUCGGUGGCGACAGCUCCUCCCACUAGGGGGGUGGGUGGCGCGGCGGCGGUGGCAUCUAGGCCAUGGCGGCUACUACUGCUAACCCCGAAAUGACAUCAGAUGUACCAUCAUUAGGUCCAGCCAUUGCCUCUGGAAACCCUGCCCCUGGGAUACAAGGUGGAGGAGCCAUUGUCCAGAGAGCUAUUAAGCGGCGACCAGGGCUGGAUUUUGAUGAUGAUGGGGAAGGGAACAGUAAAUUUUUGAGGUGUGAUGAUGAUCAGCUGUCUAAUGAUAAGGAGCGGUUUGCCAGGUCGGAUGAUGAGCAGAGCUCUGCGGAUAAAGAGAGACUUGCCAGGGAAAAUCAUAGUGAAAUUGAACGGCGACGACGGAACAAGAUGACAGCUUACAUCACUGAACUGUCAGACAUGGUACCCACCUGUAGUGCCCUGGCUCGAAAACCAGACAAGCUAACCAUCUUACGCAUGGCAGUUUCUCACAUGAAGUCCUUGAGAGGAACUGGCAACACAUCCACUGAUGGUUCCUAUAAGCCAUCUUUCCUCACUGAUCAGGAACUGAAACAUUUGAUCUUGGAGGCAGCAGAUGGCUUUCUGUUUAUUGUCUCAUGUGAGACAGGCCGGGUGGUAUAUGUCUCUGAUUCAGUGACUCCUGUUUUGAACCAGCCACAGUCUGAAUGGUUUGGCAGCACACUUUAUGAUCAGGUGCACCCAGAUGAUGUGGAUAAACUUCGGGAGCAGCUUUCCACAUCGGAAAAUGCCCUGACAGGGCGUAUUCUGGAUCUAAAGACUGGAACAGUGAAAAAGGAAGGUCAGCAGUCUUCUAUGAGAAUGUGUAUGGGUUCAAGGAGAUCAUUCAUUUGCCGAAUGAGGUGUGGCAAUAGCGCUGUGGACUCAGUCUCCAUGAAUAGAUUAAGCUUUGUGAGGAACAGAUGCAGGAAUGGACUUGGCUCUGUGAAGGAUGGGGAGCCUCAUUUUGUUGUGGUCCACUGCACAGGCUAUAUCAAGGCCUGGCCUCCAGCAGGUGUUUCCCUCCCAGAUGACGACCCAGAAGCUGGCCAGGGAAGCAAGUUUUGCCUAGUGGCCAUUGGCAGAUUACAGGUAACUAGUUCUCCCAACUGUACAGACAUGAGUAACGUUUGCCAACCAACAGAGUUCAUCUCCCGACACAACAUUGAGGGGAUAUUCACUUUUGUGGAUCACCGUUGUGUGGCUACUGUUGGCUACCAGCCACAGGAACUCUUAGGAAAGAAUAUUGUAGAAUUCUGUCAUCCUGAAGACCAGCAGCUUCUAAGAGAUAGCUUUCAACAGGUAGUGAAGUUAAAAGGCCAGGUGCUGUCUGUCAUGUUCCGUUUUCGAUCUAAGAACCGAGAAUGGCUCUGGAUGAGAACCAGCUCCUUUACUUUCCAGAACCCUUACUCUGAUGAAAUUGAGUACAUCAUUUGUACCAACACCAAUGUGAAGAAUUCUAGCCAGGAACCACGGCCUACACUGUCUAACACAAUCCAGAGAUCACAGCUAGGCCCCACAGCUAAUUUAACCCUAGAAAUGGGCCCAGGGCAGCUGGCACCCAGGCAGCAGCAACAGCAAACAGAGUUGGAUGUGGUGUCAGGACGAGAUGGACUAGCCAGCUACAAUCAUUCCCAGGUUUCUGUUCAGCCUGUGACAGCUACAGGGCCAGAACAUAACAAGCCUCUUGAGAAGUCAGAUGGUUUAUUUACCCAGGAUAGAGACCCAAGAUACUCAGAAAUCUAUUCCAACAUCAGUGUAGAUCAGAGUAAAGGCAUCUCCUCCAGCACUGUCCCUGCCACCCAACAGCUAUUCUCCCAGGGCAACUCAUUCCCUCCUACCCCCCGGCCGGCAGAGAAUUUCAGGAAUAGUGGUCUGGCCCCUCCUGUAACCAUUGUCCAGCCAUCAUCUUCUGCAGGGCAAAUGUUGGCCCAGAUUUCCCGCCACUCCAAUCCUACCCAAGGAGCAGCCCCAACUUGGACCCCUAGCACCCGCCCAGGCUUCUCUACCCAGCAGGUGGCUACUCAGGCUGGAGCCAAAACUCGUUCUUCCCAAUUUGGUGUGGGCAACUUUCAGACUUCAUCCUCAUUCAGCCCCAUGUCGCUUUCUGGUGCUCCUACUGCAUCACCCGGUGCUGCCACCUAUCCUACUCUAACCAGUCGUGGAUCCAACUUUGCUCCUGAGACUGGACAGACUGCAGGACAAUUCCAGACACGGACAGCAGAGGGUGUGAGUGUCUGGCCACAGUGGCAAGGCCAGCAACCUCAUCAUCGUUCAAGUUCUAGCGAGCAACAUGUUCAGCAGCCUUCAGCACAACAACCUAGCCAGCCUGAGGUCUUCCAGGAGAUGCUGUCCAUGCUGGGAGACCAAAGCAACAGUUACAACAAUGAAGAAUUUCCUGAUCUAACUAUGUUUCCCUCCUUUUCAGAAUAGAACUAUUGGGGUGAGGAUAAGGGGUGGGGGAGAAAAAUCACUGUUUGUUUUUUAAAAGCAAAACUUUUGUAAACAGAAUAAAAGUUCCUCCCCCUUCCCUUCCCUCACCCCUAAGGGAUACCCCUUUCCCUUCUGGGAUUUCCUUGCCCUCUCCUUCUCUUGCCUCUCUGAGGUAACAGUUAUAGAAGAAAUGAAAUGAAUCCCCAAGGCUUUUAUGACCCUUUGAAAAUUUGAGGCUAGGCAAGGUUAGAAUGCCUUUUCUUGUGUCUCUUGACCAGAAGGUAAACAACAAUGAUUUGUGCUAGGGUUAAGGUGCAGGUUAGAACCUGAUGUCCAUUACUUGCCUUGGAUACACUGUGGCUUUUUUGGAAAGAAAUUCAAGGAGAGGAGAAAUGUCCUCAUAUUUGAGGACAUGAAACAUGGUAGGUAUAUAUGGGGCUUUGGGAAGUGAACAUAGGCCCUUUCUGCUACCUGUGAGCAAUUCCUCUGGAGAGAAACGUGAGAUUGAGUGAGUGUUUAUGUAUGUAUAUGUGUCUCAGUGUGUGUAUAUAUGUGGUGCACACGUUUCUGUAUUUCUUUCUCCCUAUUAGGGAGUUAUGCAAAAUUUGUCAGAUUUUUAUCUUUGUGCUCUUCAAUGAGUUCUAAGAAGAUAAAUCUUCCAGGUAUUUUCACUUAGUAUUGCAGCCAAAGAGUGUUUAAAUAAAUGUCUUUGCUGCACUUAUAUCUGUGCUCAGCUAAUAUGCAACUAUAGGCAAAGUCUUCUGUUAAUAUGGUUGGUCUCUCAAACGUGUUCAGUGAUAAAGCUGGAUUACUCCCGCUUUUGGUGCUCUCACCUUAUCUGGAAGAUUGGCAAACAUUACUGAAAUAGGCUGACAAACGCUUCCAGAAACCCCAGACUUGGCCAUACAGAUAAUGCUGCAAUUUUCUGUCAGAAUCACACAUUAUGUGUAUUCUAUGGAGCUUAUUUUCUGCAUGGAAACUCAACUUCUUGGAUUAGUCCCAGUGAAAAUCCUCACUGUUGGAAUGAAAACCAAAUACAAAGUCCUAUUGUAAAGAAGCCUCUUCCAUGUCAUCCUCAAAAUAUUCCAUAUAAUAAGAAACAAAUUUAGGUUCCUCCUGGGCCUAUAGUUCUUUUCUCUCUGUUCCCUUUCCAAUCUUGAGAUUGGAUUUUGCUUUAGAAUGCAAGUAUGAUAACUCCAUGUGUUAGGUGGGGCCUGGACUCCUAUCCCAGCAGGAUUAGUUGGUCAUUAUAGCCAUAUAAAAAUAGGCUACUACUCUCACCCUUUGCCUUCCUCAGGUAAGUCAUAUAUAUUAGCCUUUUUGUUUUUUAAUUGGCUUCAGUUGUUAUCUAAGUGCAAGACAGAAAUAAGAAGUGAAGACAUAUUAAGUGUAUUCUUAGAGGACUGAGGAUCAAAGGUGGCCUUGUAGAGGCUGAGGGAAUGUCAUUUCCUGGGUGUCUCUCCCUUUUGUCUUCAGUCUGGUGCCAGAUGGUGGGAUGGAAAGGAGACAGUUUAUUUUUUUAUUCUAUGUGCACACAUACAGUAUACAUAUAUAUUUAUAUCACAAUUUACAAAACCAAAAAGUUGAGUUUCCAAUGGAAUCCUUGUUUUUUAAUAAUCGACUGUUUUUAAAUGUGAUCAGGACUAUAAUAUUGUACAGUUAUUAUAGGGCCUUGGGGGAAGGGGAGGGCAGGGAGAAGAUGCUCUGGGGGUUUUGUUUCUGCUUUUCCUUCAGGGUUUUAUUUUUGAUUGUUUUUUUUUUCCUUUGUUGGCCAUUUCUGUAUUGCUGGCAUCUGUGCUAAGCCUUACAGUGGCAAAAAUGACGACAUGUAGCAAAUAUUUUAAAACAAAAUAUUUUUUCCUUUUGUAAAAAUUUCUUGUGUUGUGUGAUCUUGAUUGCGGCUUUAUUAUUCCUUUCCGGUCAGAAACCAACAGACACCCACAACUAAAGGGAGCCACUGCUUGAGCUUCAAACACACAAGCAUAAAGCACAGUGUGUCUUUAAUUUCAGGAAUCAGAAAUCAUAGGGCCCUGAUCACUCAGCACCCCUCCUCCUCACUUGCCCUCCUGAUCUUGACACAUUUUGAGUAAAAUUUAUCAGAGACAUUCUGACCACAUUGGGUGGGGGUGGAGUUGCCCAAGCCUGUGGGGGAAAGGGGAAGAGUUAGGACUUGAAACCAUUAGGGCACAUAUAUGGAUGCCUUUUCCAGUAUGUCUUUGGGGGGGUGGGGGGAGUGAGGAAUUGGGAAAUCUAAACUGUUCAAGUCUGGGCCUGGUUUUUCCCUAGGACCAUGUGGUUCAUUAGCCACUUUUAAAAUCCAGAGGCACAAUAAGCCUGAGUUCUUGAGAAUAAGUGUGUGGAAUCCAGCUAAGAACUGAAUCUGAAUCCCAUGUAUUAUCCUUUCUAUUCCAGUGACCCUCUUUCCCCACAUCUGUUUAUGGAAGAAAAUGGAUCUUGGGGGUGUGGUUUGGUAACUGAAUUAGACUCUUAUGAUCUGUCACAUGCCUGGAUUUGGGGGAAGCAUUUGGAGAAGCUCAUGUGACUGGAUUGGGGAUUUUAAUAAUUGAGACAUGCUCAUCAGACAUCCACCAUCUGAGAGUUUUAGCAAUAAUGUCACAUGUGAGUCCAUCAGUCCGUUGAUUCAAGUGUUAUAAAUAACUAGGAGUAUUGUUUCUGCUGCCUUUUAGAACCAGUUCCAUCUAACUUUCUGGGCAGAUCCUCCCUCUGCAAAAUCACAUUAGGCUAGGAAAGCUAUUCCCGCCUGGAAAACAUGAUGCCUUUUAACCAACAAUAUCAUAAAAUACAAUUUUGAAGCUUA